AUGGAGAUCCGUGACUUUUACUCUGAUCUAUUUGACAACCAUGCCCACUUGUCUCCUCACCAUUUGAGGAAAGAUGGACAUGUCAUUCAAGAGGUUCUUCCAUCUGAAGUAGGACAUGGUAUCAUUUCGGUAAGAAAUCGUAUGGCGCCCGGUCCCGAGAGGAUAAGGUUUGAACAUCUGAAUAAUCUUCCGCCAGUUCUCAUCAACACCCUGGCGAGACUCUCCACUCGUUACCCGUCCGAAUGUAAAGUCCCCAAACAGUGGAAGACCAGCGAGACCGUGUUGCCGUGUAAGAAGGGAGAUCCAUAUGACGUCGGCAACUAUCGUCCAAUCUGCUUACUGUCCGUCAUCUAUAAGUUCUUUACAAUUGUGAUCCAUAACAAGAUUGAAAAAGUGUUAGAUGAAAGACAGACAUGCGAGCAAGCGGGGUUCUGA